UGCGCACCGACUCGAGAAACCACGAGGAGAAGCGAUGGAGCCGGGUACUCCCGGGACUCGGAAGCGGCCUGGCCCGCGCUGGGGCUCCCGGCUCCAGCUGUCCUUCCUCGGCCGGCGAUCGCACGUACGCUCUCCCGACUUCGCUCCGGAAAACCCCGGAGAUCCCACCCUGGCUUCCACCGCCCUGCCCGAGCCUCGGACUAGCUGCUGGUCCAGAUUGCUGUCCCUGCUCUUUGCGCUGCUCCCUAGCUUGCUCCAGAAGCUGCUGAUUUGGAGCCAGCUUUUCGGUGGCUUGAUUCCGACCAGGUGGCUGGAUUUCGCCGGAAGCUACAGCGCCCUGAGACCCUGGAGAGGGCGGCAGGGGUCAGCCACCCCUGCAGUGCAGAAAUCUUUGAGUUCCCUGCGGCUGGACCCUUCAGACGGCUUGGUUGACAGCCCCCUUGACUGGCUAGAGGGGGGACUCCAAUGGCAGUGCUCAUCCUCAGACCUGGAAUUGAAACUUAAAGGCCAGGGCAGAGCUUUGGACUCUGCAGCACACACUUUGCUCCUGGAGCAGCAGCCGUGGGGAGUGCAGAUGUUCCACGGCAGUCUUCAAGCCCAUCUGCUCUCCGACAGCGAGCUAGACUCUUCUUCACUCUCUGGGCCUCUAAACAUUAAGAGCUUAGGCAGUUUCAAGGUAGUUUCCUACUUACUGAACCCCUCCUACCUGGACUGCCUUUCCCAGCUGGAGCUGCGCUGUCGGAACAGCCAGCUGGUGGAUCUCCGCACGCUGACCCCAGAGAGCUGCUCCCUGGUUGAAGAUGGUUGUCAUCCGCAGCCACUUCGGGCAGAGAUCUCGGCAACUUCAUGGCAAAGGUGUCCACCUUUGUCCACUGAAGGCCUGCCAGAAAUCCACCAUCUUCGUAUGAAACGGCUAGAAUUCCUUCAGGCUAACAAGGGGCAAGAGUUACCCACUCCCGAGCAAGAUAAUGGCUAUCACAGCCUGGAGGAGGAACACAGCCUUCAACGGGUGGACCCGCAGCACUGCACAGAUAACCCAGCACAGACUGUGUCCCCUCCCGGAGCCACCCAAGAGCCCACCGAGGAAAAGCUACAAUUGUUGAUUGAAGAGGCUCCACUCGCUCGGGGAAGCUGCCCAUCUUUCGAGUCACCUGCGGAAAGAGAGUCUGAAGAGGAGGACCACACCAGUGUAGUAGUUGACUCUUCGGACAUAGAGGAUGAAGUUCCGGUUUCUGCCAGACCAGCUUGUAGCAACAAAUUGAUAGAUUACAUUUUGGGAGGGGUGUCCAGUGACCUGGACUGCAGCUCGGAUUCGGAAGGUGAGAGUUGGGACGAGGAACCUGAGGAUGAUGGCUUUGAUAGUGAUGGGUCGCUGUCAGAAUCGGACCUGGAACAAGACUCUGAAGGGCUUCACCUUUGGAACUCUUUCUAUAGUGUAGAUCCUUAUAACCCCCAAAAUUUCACGGCAACCAUUCAGACUGCUGCCAGGAUUGGCCCUGCAGACCCUUCCGAUUCUGGGAAGGAUUUGUCUGGCAACUGUGUUCUAGGGCGUUCUCCCCAGGCUGGAAUCCUUCCAGAGACCCCUGACAGUUCUGGGGAGGAAGAUGACUGGGCAUCCAGUGCAGAUGAAGCGGAGAAUCUCAGACUGUGGAACUCUUUCUGUAAUUCCGAUGACCCCUACAACCUUUUAAAUUUCAAGGCUCCUUUUCAAACAUCAGGGAAAAACUGGAAAGGCUGUCAUGACUCAAAGGCAACGGCCGAGGCCCCGGUGGCCUUUUCCCAGUGUCAUACCUUAUUUUCUCGUAAGGUGCAGCUAUUUGGGAGCCCAGAAAAUGGAUGUCCAGACUGUGGGCCGAGUGAGUUUCUUUCUGGAGAAAGAGACAAGCAUAUCAAGAGAAAAAAGGUAACCUUCCUUGAAGAAGUUACUGAGUAUUAUAUAAGUGGUGAUGAGGAUCGCAAAGGACCAUGGGAAGAAUUUGCAAGGGAUGGAUGCAGGUUCCAGAAGCGAAUUCAAGAAACAGAAGAUGCUAUUGGAUAUUGCUUAACAUUUGAGCACAGAGAAAGAAUGUUUAAUAGACUCCAGAAACAUGCUUCGAAGGACUUACACUGUUUUCCAGCAGUGUUAAGAUGUGUGAACAGCCUGUAGGCCUAGCAAACACUAUCUCUUACUGGAGAGGUUUCUUUUAAAGAGAGAUAUUGGCAGCUGCCCUUUAACAUUUUUUUAAAAGAAGCAACUUUUCUCUAGUGGUGCAGGUUUUUUGGUUUUUUUUUUUUUUUGGUGACGUUUAUCAUUGAAAGCACCAAGGUUUCAAGCCAACUCUGACAUUGAAGGAUCUCUGAUUUAAUCCUCUCUUUCUUGGAUGUGGGUUUUGUGAGCCAGUUCUUGACAGUGAAGGAUCUCUGAUCUUUCAUCCCCUCUCUUAGUUGGAUGUGGUUUUUGUUUGUUUGAGAUCUGUCAUGAUAUGUAUGUACUCCUGGUUAGCCUAGGGCUGGCUAUGUGGACCAGGCCAGCCUUGAAUUUGUGAUGAUUUUCUAGCCUCUGCCUCCUGGGAUUUAUAGGUAUUUGACUCCACACUCAGCUAGAUGUGUUUUUAAGCAUCCUUUGCGUGCUUGAAGUGAAAAGGGGACCUUUUAAAUAAUAAUUUUGUGCUUUUCAAAACUUUUUUUUUUCUAUGCCUGAUGAUACAGACCUAUAAUUGUAGUUACUUUGGAGACUGAGGCAGGAAGAUAGAAAGUUCAGUUUGCCUAGGGUACAUAGUGAGUUCAAGGCCAGCAUAAAUAGUUUAGCAAGAUCUUAUCUCAAAAUGAAAAUGAAGAAAAGAAGGGCUGGGAAUAUAGCUCAGUAGUAGCGUGAAGUUGCCUAGUGUGUGCAAGGCCCUAUCUUCAAUUCCCAUGCUCUAAAUAAAAAUAAAUAUUUUCCUGGGAAACAAUAUUUAUAGGGCUUACAUCCCAUAUUUAGUUCUAAUUUAAAUUAUGCAUACUUAUUUAAAAUCUUUGGGCUCUUAUGUGCUUUUCCCCCUUAUAUUCUGAAAUUAAUGAGCAUUUAUGUUUUUCUGUAUAUAUGUAUGUAUCUGUGUACAUAUAUAUGUAUAUUAUAUAUAUAUGUAUGUAUGAGGGAUAGUGAGAUAGGUUCUCACUUUGGCCUUGAGCUUAUGGCGAUCCUGCUUCAACUUCCUCAGUGAUAGGAUUACAGGCAUGAGUCACUGUGCUUGGCUAUAUUUAUUUCAUUGAUUUGACCUAUCUACCUUAAGGCUGAAAAUUAUGUUGUAUAUGUUAUCAACUUAAAGGACGUUAUUGUGAUACUUGUUUUUCUUUAAAUAAUGAUCUGAAAGUGUGUGGUGGGAUUCCUUUUUUUUUAAGGCAUAGUCUCUUGGCCAUAGCUGGACUUAAGCUCACUACUUAGCCAAGGAUAACUUUGUGCUUCGUUCCUCUUGCUGGUACCACAAGUGUGUGUGCCACUACCACGCCCAGAUUUUUUUUCUAUUCAAGUUCUACUUAAAUAUGGUAUCGCUUUUUUUUUUUUUCCCUUUAAAUCAUUGCCGACCUAGUACUUUGCUAUCCAGACUAAACUGAUCUUGCAGACUUGGUGAGCCUUCUGCUCCUGCUUCCCAAGGGCUAGGAUUAUAGGCAUGCACCACCAGGGCCAGCUGGCCUGCCAAAGUUUAAUAUCUAAUAUAUUUGAUUUCUGUGCAAACUGUCCUUUGGAAAGGUUUCUAUGUUGUAGUUCCCAGUGGCUCUUUGUGUCUUUCAAUAGGUAGAAAUUGUAAAACUCUCUAGAAAGUAAUAAUUGCAUCAUAGGUGUUUAUUUUUUAAACUUAAAAGCCUAGAACUUUCUUUUGAGGGAGAUGGGAGACAUCUCAGAAAUUCAGUUUUGUUUUAUAUACUCUUAACAGAAAACCAGUGUUAUUAAUACCAUGCCUCAGCACUGUCACUUUUAAAACUUGUGGUAACACUGUAAACUUGGAACUGUGCAGUUGUGUGAAACGUAAAAUAGAAACUUCAGUCAAUGUCCAGGUUUAUUGUAUUUUAAUGAUGAGAGAAGCAGUAGGAUGGUCCACUGUCAGGAAAGUGGAAACUUGAGGCAUAACACCUAGAAAGUCUUGAGUGUCUUGAGCCCAGAGUUUACAUUUGAAUUGAAGUCUGCAUUAAUUGGGAAUGGGUAUGCUUUUUUAGUUAGCUUUACCUGGUGUGCAUAUGUCAGGUUGAGGUAAUGUAACCACCUCUUUAUCUGUCAGUUCCUAACUCUGUGUGCCUUCUGUUGGAUAGUGGAGAAACAUGGAUCAAAUAGAUGACCACUUAAUUCAGUGUGGGGUGAAUUUUCUCAGAAGAGCUUGCAGGGUAACUACCUCAGUUUAAAAUCCAUCUGGUUUGCUCUAAAAUCUGCCUCCAGUGUUAAUAUAUGUUCAUUCACACACUGAGAGUGCAGCACCAUACAAGAUGGACUUACUUUCACAGAACAUUCUGUGCAUUUUGUGCACCUCCACUUUAGGUAAUCACGGAGUGCAUUUGCAGAGUGCCAUGGGAACAGGCUGGUUAGAAGCAGUGUCAUUUGAAAAGCAGGCAUCAUUUUCCUAGGAAGACAAGAUUUGUGACAAUACAUAGACAUUCUUUUAAAACCGGACUGAAGCAUAAUGAUUAAUUGCAGACACUAGGUUGUUUGAGUUUCUGGGAUCCAGCACCUGUGUGUAUCUGAAAGUAAUGAAACAUCUGUACAGUCAUUGUGUUUUGAAAAUUGUUACCUGAGAUUCCACCCUCACUUCACAUGAGUAAAAGCCUGGUUGAAAAAUAUGCUGCCUUCCUUUAAAAGCGAUCAGAUGGUGGACAGAAGGAUCUUUAAACACUGACUGAAUGAGAAAGGAAAUUGUCAUUUUCAUCCUAGUCCUAGAUGUCAAAUGCUCCCUCCAAAGGAAAAGGCCUUGGUGAAAGGAAGUGCUCAGCUGAACCUUUUACUCAUCCCAGUCCUCUAAUGGUGCUUUAAGGAUCAGUGUAGCACAUGAAAGACUUGUACAGACAGGUAAAUUUUCCAUUUCUGAGUGAUGAAAUGUGAUAAUUCUUUAUCUAUAACUUGAAAUCAAAACUAUCAGAUUUUAUUUUUUUAUAAUUUAAGGAAGGUGAAGUUAGGGGACUAGAAGAUUUCUGAAUUGACUCCUUCAGAUCCAGUAAUUUAAAUAUAACUAGUUGGGAUUUUAUAGUUAAAAUUCUAUUUGUAUAUAAUUGUUAACUAAUCUGUAAAUUGUAAUAAAUAUAUUUGCAAUUCUUAAA